UGUGAUAUCUACAUUGUUAUGGGAUAACAUUUCUGCAGAUAGGCCUAUUUUAAGAAUGUAUAUACAACCGUGGCUGGCCUAAACAAAUGUUAUUUUGGGGAAUUGCACGAAAUUGUAAUGGAAAUGGAAUGUAGCUGCAGCCUACAGUACACUGACAUGUGACGCAGCAACUUAGACCCGCCUGUUAAAUUACUGGUGAAGCUAUGAGUUCUACUUUUCCGGGUAAUUUAGGAUUUCGCAAGGAGUGAGUUGAUUUGUGAGAACAGUAACAAGAUUGUCUUUGGCGAGAAUCUUGUGGACUGUAAUGAGGUAACUCAAUAUGGAGCGUCUCGGGCAACAGUUGUGCCGUUAUCUUAUAUUAUUGGCUGUGGUCUGUAAUGGUCAAGACUCAGACAUGUGUGAAGUAAUCCCAAAAAAUCUCACUGUGAAAGCUGGCUCGAAUGUCACAGUGGCAUUUAAGGCCCCGUUCGGUGGAAUUUGCCGGAAGACAUUUGAUGCCUUCAGUACUUCAAGUAAAGUGUUGUGGACAUUAAACAGUAAGAAAAUUGAGGAAAAAUACUAUAAUCACAAUUCCACCUAUGCUGUGGUCACUAUUGUGAAUUUCACACUUGAAUCUGGCACUGUGGAGUGUCACAUGGAUGGGCAGGUGUUGGGUGGCACCAUUAUCCGUACGGAAGCUUCUUCUAGGAAUACCAGAAUGGUUGUGGAACUUCCAAAGAAGCCUGUGAAUAUACGUUGUGUCACCAAUGCCACACACAGUCUCUACAUGUACACUACAUGUUACUGGGAUGAAGCAGGGAAUUCACAGGACACAACAUAUAGUGUUACCAUGAAACAGAACGUGAGCGGUUAUUGUAGGCCUAAACUUGGUCAAAAUAAUUGCAUAUUGUCAGAACAUGCAUGGUUCGACUAUGAUCCUGCUUACGUGAACAUUACUGUUACGGCCCAGAACACUGCAGGAAAUGCAUCAGCCACUGUCCAUAUGGGUGCCUGGGAAAUUGUCCAAUUUGGGCCUCCGAAAGAUAUUUGGGUGGAGCCUCUUCCAGCCGGUUUGAGGGUCCGUUGGGUCCAAAGAUACAGCGUAUAUAAGGACGAAGAGGAAUGUAUGGCACAAUUUGUGGAAGAGGGCACUAAUAUUGUGUCAAACAAAACGUCAACAACUGGGGGAAAAUCUAUAUAUUUUGGUGAUGUUAAGCCUUGCACUAGAUACACUGUUGCAGUGCGGUGUACCUACAGAGUUCUUAACAAAUUAUGUCUAUGGAGCGACUGGAGCAAAGAGACAACUGUCUUGUCAGCACUUAAUGUUAGUUCUGUGCCAUUAUGUUUGUGGAGGAAAGUUCUGAAACACAAUGAAACUGGAACAAGGCGUGUUCAGAUGAUGUGGAAGGGGCCUCCACACGUCUGCCAAGCUAUUGAUGAGUACAAGCUUUUUGUUGACUCAGGAAGCAUCAGCGAACAUUUGAUGCCAACUCAGCAUUACACCACCGUUUUGCUCAACGCCUCAGACCAUACAAUUAAAAUUGCUGCUUACAAGAAUAAAACAAUACUUCGUCACAGUAUUCUCAAGAUACCCUCCAUUGGAUCGGAUAAGCCUCCGGUGCAGAGGCCCAGUGCCACGGCUCAUGGUGACCUCAUCCACGUCUCCUGGGCCGCGCCCUCAACACCUGUGAAUGGGUAUGUCAUAGACUGGUUCACAGAUCCUGCGCAAGCAGACAAGCCUUCAUGGGAGAGAACUCAAGACACACAUUUUUCAAUUCCUGGUGAUGUGCCAUACAAGCUCUACACGGUGACCAUAACGCCACUUUACGAUGACGGACCUGGCCUAGGAGAGACCCUGCAUACUUAUGCAAAGGAAGGAAGACCAGCCAAGGUUAAAGGAGUGAAGAAGAUUGAUGCUGACAACACAUGGCUAACGGUGGCUUGGCAGCCAGUGCAGCCUGAUAAGUGCUGUGCUUUUGUCGUCAACUACUCUGUUUUGUACAAGGCCUCAAACGAUAUGAGCUCAACAUGGUCGAAUGUGACUGUCAAUCACACAAUACACAACGUGACUCUAACGGACCUCCAGCCCAGCACCACGUACCAGGUGUUUGUCAGAGCCUGCUCCAUUGACAACAGCUCUGCAGACUAUGAACUCGCUAACUUCACCACGGAAACAUAUGGUAAAGCUUUUAUCCAGACCCUUGUUCUUGUGGCGGUUGGUGUGAUAUUACUACUGAUGACUGCUGUGUGCCUUUUCGCGCUGUGGAGAAAAGUCGCAAACCUCAAAGUGCCAAAUCCUAAGUGCAGCUCAUUGGCUAUAUGGCCCCAAGAGAAGUCUCGAAAGCCUCCAUUGUCCAAUAACCUGGACAACAAUCCCAACGAAGGGAUUCUGCUGUGCCAGGUUGACACUGAGAUGGACGCCAGGCUGACACCUCCUGCAGAAACACACUCCAUGUUCUCGGGGGAGGAGAUGGACGGUUCCAGCGUCGCCUCGGACACCAGUGCUAGUGGCGGGCAGGUGGAGGACUCAUCCGCAGGACUCAACCUCACCUACAGCACCUGGGAGUGUCCGAGCAGGAGCCCGGAGCCGGCUGGUGCUACAGCGGUGGAGCCAAGCCAGCCGCAGCCGAGCCGGUCCACACCGGCUCCAUGCAACCCUUACCUGGAGCAGGUGCACGUCUGUGGCUGUGAAAGCCCAUCAGAUCCAUCACAGAGACUCGGCUUGUCGGACAAUGGGCCUGUGGUAGAGGCGAGUGAGUGGGAGGCACUGACCAGUGCUCCAACAGCUAUUUCCUAUGUGAGUGUGGACAUGAUUGAAAGACAGAAAGAACAUAAAAUGAAGAAGACUUUUGAAGAAGACUUUUGAAAACAGCAACUCCAAAGCUAGUUGCUUUACUUAAAAUGUUGCCCCAUUUAAAUAUUUUGUAAUAAUGAUAGGGAUUGUUUUGCAUAUUUUUGUAUUUUUUUUUUUUAAUCACAGAAAUAACUUUGUAAAGAUUGUAUGAUAGAUGAUGGAUGUAUAGACCUUAGUGCCGAUGUGAAUGUAGCUAAGUAAAGUGGAAGGUAUCCAAGGUAAAAAAAAUCACUCUCUGCUCAGAUUUAUGGAGAGAGAUGUCAAACAUAUUUUAUACACAGAAAAAAGAAUCAUUCUCUUGUUUUUGCUCAAGAAAAUUCAAGCACAUGCUUUGUCAUUGGUGUUCAGUCGAUAGUAUGCAUUAUUUCUAAUUGAAUAGAAUACCUUUGUUUGCAUAAGCAACACACUAAAGCCUGUAAGGUAACUCGGUGUAACUGUGCGUUCACACCGCCGGCGACUUGAGCUUCCAAAGAUUCCGGAAGUUAUUCAUUUUCAAUGGAAGCCGACUUCUCUCAGCUGCCAGCAGCGACCAAUCCGUCGGCGUCGCGUUUUGGGCGUCUUGAGCGACUAGAGAAAGUUGAAAGUGGUUUAACUUUAUGGUAAUGAGCUAUGACGUGGUUCAGCGACCAAACGACCAGCAACGAACAUAGAAUGCUACUACGUCAGAGCGGCCAGGAGCGGCCAAAGCAUCCAAGCUUCCCAUGGCGUCCUUUACAGGGCGUCCAGAGCGAUUUUGGAAGCUCAAGUCGCUCUUGGUCUGAACGCACAGUAAGACUUCUUUUUAUAAACGUUCACCAUACUGGAUACCCAUUUAGCACUAAGGGGGUACCCAAUUUGUCUAAAAACAACAAAAAGGCUUGUGCUCCUACUUGUGACAACAACGUUUCAGGGUGCAGUACCAGAUGUUCUGGGUGUGCAUUGACAAUGUCAGGGACUCUAUCCUCCUCAUUGUAAUUCAGUCUGGCAUCAAAAUGAGUUUGAAGCCAUUAUUUUAAGGCUUUUAAGAGCUACAUAAUGUUGGUCUGAUUGACUUCAUGGCAUUACAUAGUACUGCAACAUUUCUGCAGAUGAAUGCAUUAUUUCUGCACUAUUUUCAUUUCUUUUAAAAGAAAUACAGCAGCAAUUCAGUCACUUUUGGCUGAACAAUGAAAAACGUAACCUGUUACUUGUGCCUUUCAUAGCAAUACACUGUAACAUCUCCACGGAGAGACGUAUGUUAUCAGCAAAGACUGAAGUUAAAUACAGAAAAUAUUUGCAUGGAGCAGUUGUCUCAUUUUGUCAAAAAGUCUGCAAUGCAGUCAUUACAUCACUUUGCCAGACAUUUGUUCCAGUGUGAUGAUAAAUUGAUUGGUCGCACUCCAAAAGUUUUCUUUUUUUCUCACUGAUUUAUUUUCAAUAGCAACAGGGUGAAUAACAAAUAUUUCGGCCUUGUGGCCUUUGUCAGUGUGACGCAGUGAGACACACUGACGAAGGUUACAAGGUCAAAAUGUUUGUAACGUGUGGAUCACGCACCUACAGAAAACAAACGGGAGAGCACAGUGUUUGCAAAAAAGACUUUUGCUAGUAUGAUGAUGCCAUGCCUUAGAUUCUUUCUCACUUAUUUUAUGUGAGGUAGUGGCACCACCUUGUGGAAGGUCACUGUAUUAUUGACACGCAUCAUGAUUUUUGCUGUGUUUGAGGGGGGUAAACUUGAAUCAUACUCAACAUGAGUCUAUCUGGUAGGUAGUCAAAUGAUGUUGAUGAUGAAUUACGACAACUGAAGGAAAGCGGUGUCCUUUUGCCAAACAUGAUGUCUGUCUUGCUUGCAGGGAGACUUAGUUUGUGCACAUCCCAGGUGCUGAACAAAAAAGGUCAUUUGUUUGUGAAAAAAGUUUGCACACUCCUUUUUUUAGUUUAUUUUCUCAUUUGGCAGAUAGAUAACGUUUCGACCAUGCUGCCUUCCUCACAGUCAAUCUGAGGAAAGCCACAUGGUCGAAACGAUAAAAUCUUGCUUGCAGGUCAUAUCUUUUGUCACAGCCGUGUGGCUAGUUGCAAUGUUUACCAAGAGAGCCCUGUACGCUGUGUGCCUCCCACAAAUUGUGACUUGUUACAUCUGUCAGCAGAAUGCUCAGGUUUAUGUGCGAUAAUAUCUGGGGACAUUUUUCACUCAACGCUCAGCCACAGAAGAUUUUCUAAACUGAGAUGCUCCAGAAGUUUACUCUAUGUGUGGGUGGAAAAGGCUUCACUCUUGAGAUAAUAUUUUUAUUUUUUCCUUUUUGCGUUAAACUUUGGGUCUGUGUUACAUUUGCCUGAUUUUUAUGUUAUGAAUGUAUGAUCAGAACCUGACCUCAACCAAUAAAUGUUGAAUGCCUGGCG